UAACAUAUUCUUGAAAUGUGAUUACAUAUUCUGGUACAAGGAUGUAAUCACAGGUGCCUUCAAUCUUGUAAUUCAGCCUGAUGUUGUUGAUCAGACAAAAGCGGAAGAUGUGACCGGGACGGCACGUGAUGUCCAUCGAAGAUUGUCCGGGGCUACCUUACGUGUGUCAUGCAUCAUAUUUGGCGACGCAGAGCAGUUGAGUACAAAUCAGCGAGCGAGGCACUGGUUUCGGCAGUGUUAUUUUCGUCUUUCUCAUCGUAAUCUUAUCUUCUCACGGGCCCCGAUCAAGGGCAUAGCCACCAUUGCAUGACCUUGAGACGAACGGUCGUUACACUCAUCUUGACACUCACUGCUCUCGUGUGGUGUUAUCACGCAUUCUCCAGACUCGAAUCCAUACCCAUCGUAUCGAGCAUGGCUGCUAUUGCUCCCCUGAAGUCAAUCGUCGUCCCAGCGCUUCAGAAACAUACCGCGACCGUCAUCUUCGUGCAUGGACUGGGGGACUCUGGAAAUGGAUGGAAGCCUGUUGCGGAUAUGCUCAAGAGCCAACUCCCGCAGGUGAAGUGGAUCCUACCGCACAGUCCUUCAAUGGCGGUUACCGCUAAUAUGGGGAUGUCGAUGCCUUCAUGGUUCGACAUCUAUUCGUUCGACUUCAACACGGAGGAGGACGAAUCGGGGAUGCUCAAGACCGUUCACUCGCUGAGCAAACUGAUUACCGAGGAAGUAGACGCUGGGAUUCCCGCCAACCGCAUCGUGCUGGGUGGCUUCUCGCAGGGCGGUGCCAUGACCCUGCUCACCGGUCUCACCAUCGAGCGCAAACUUGCCGGUCUCGCGGUCCUCAGCGGCUGGCUACCCUUGAACAAGAAGUUCAAAUCUAUGGUGUCCGAGCACGCGACCUCGUUGCCCAUCUUCUGGGGUCAUGGUCAGGCUGACCCCCUCGUCAAGCUCACGCUCGCCGAGCAAUCGAGAGACAUACUUAAAGAGAGCAUCGGAGUCUCCGACGCAACUUCAGAUCAGUUCAAGGGACUCUCAUUCAACACAUAUCCGGACGUGCCACAUUCGACUAGCCAGGAAGAACUGCGCGAUCUGGCAGUAUGGCUGAAGAAGGCCCUUCCUGCUGAACCUUGAUCACCUUUCCAUAGAUAGCAGCAGUAUGUGCGUAGACAAUGCGUGGGGUUUGGUCGACAGUAAAUCCUGUCAAUCCCACCCUGCAUACCUAUCAAAAUGAACGCAGUGGUGAUAGAUAGGCAUGAAAACGACGAUGAGCGGGUAUAAGUAAGCACCGGGUAACAACACUGCGCAAAACAUGAGCGACCAUGGCUGAUGAAAGAAAUGGGACCCACCAACAAGACAAAUGACAAUCAGCCAGUUCCAAAAUGACCACCACAACCCCACCACCCACAACGAAAACAACAACGCCACCGCCCACAUAAACGCAGACCAGAAUCGAAGCCACGCGCGCCGAUCGGCCAUAGCAAUCGAGUAUGCCGACCGAGGGUCGUAGUACGUGUAGUUCCCGUCCGGGAACGAGGAAAGGAGCGGUGUGGGGCCGGCGGCGAACGCUAUGCCCUGCGGCGACUCGGGAUGCGGGAACGCCGACGGCGAGGGCGGAAGGAAAGCGCUGGGCCAUUCCGGAGCGGGCGUGUCGAGUAAGGGACCGCUCGUAGGGGCCUGCGCCGGGGCCAGGGUGCUCGUGGCGGCGGCUGAGGUAGACGGGCCCGAGUAAGCGGGCGGGGGAGAUGGUGUCCGCACGGGGCUCGGGUCCGUCGUGGAUGGGCUCGUUUUAGCGUCAUUUGGCGAGUUCGCAAAGACGUCGCCCUCGUCGUCGACGACUAUCAUGGUGGAAGCCACAAAAGUCG